AUGCAAUUGAAACCGCUUGCCCUGCUCGCGGCUUGUGCCAGCUGUGCCCUUGCCCACGGCGACCACGACCACGACCAGACCCCCAUCGCCGGACCGCACAAGUCGCUGUGGUACAACACCUUGCCAGGUGACGGUGGCACACAGGCCGACUCUGUCUUUUCCGGCAUCUCGACCUUCGGCCGUCUGCCUUACUUCCCCUGCCUUGCGAGCGACGAGGAGAAAUAUGACAUUGCCUUCUUGGGCGCGCCGUUCGACACCGGCACUUCGUAUCGACCUGGAGCUCGAUUCGGACCGAGCGGGAUCAGACAAGGUUCGAGACGACUGAAUCUAUAUGGUGGAUACAACGUACCGUUGCAAGAAAACCCCUUCAACUUCUGGGGCAAAGUGAUUGACUGCGGCGACAUUCCCGUGACCUCGUACGACAACGAAUAUGCUCUGCAGCAGAUCGAGGACGGGCACAACGCGCUCCUGAUGCGCACGCCGUUCACGGCGGCCAAGGAGGCCGGGCUCAGCAAGGCGGGCAAGACGCUGCCGCGAAUCAUCACGCUCGGGGGCGACCACACGAUCACGCUGCCGCUGCUCCGCAGCAUCAACAAGGCGUACGGGCCGAUCAGCGUGAUCCACUUCGACUCGCACCUGGACACGUGGAAGCCGAAGGUGUUUGGCGGGGCGCCGUCGAAGCAGGCAGCCAUCAACCACGGCACCUACUUCUACUGGGCGAGCGAGGAGGGCCUGCUGGCCAACGACAGCUCCAUCCACGCCGGCAUCCGCACCACGCUGUCCGGCCCGUCCGACUACGACAACGACGGCUACUGCGGCUUCACGCGCGUCGAGGCCCGCGAGAUCGACACCAUCGGCGUCCACGGCAUCAUCCGCCGCAUCAAGGAGCGCGUCGGCACCAAGAACCCCGUCUACCUGUCCAUCGACAUCGACACCCUCGACCCGGCCUUCGCCCCGGCCACCGGCACCCCCGAGACCGGCGGCUGGAGCACCCGCGAGCUGCGCACCAUCCUGCGCGGCCUCGAGGGCAUCAACUUCGUCGCCGCCGACCUCGUCGAGGUCGCCCCGGCCUACGACACAAAUGCCGAGCUGACCACCAUGGCCGCCGCCGACGUCCUGUACGAGGUCAUGACCCUCAUGGUCAAGAAGGGGCCCCUGACUCUCAAUGCCACCCAGGCCGACUACGUCCCGACCUUUGUGGAAGGGGAUGAGUUCUAG